CCGAUCUUUUCCCCCUGAAAAUUUCCCCGCAUCACCACAACAUUCGCUCUGACAGAUUUGACUGACUCUGCUCUGACUCGACUCUGCAAACCAACACAACCACCACUUCAAGCAACCUCACUCACUCACUCACCAUGGGAAACGGAGCCAAGGCCGCUACUAAGCGCGAGCGCAACGCCAAGGAUGCUGCUAAGUCGGGCGGCAAGUCGCAGUUGAAGACUAACGAAACUGCCAAGGACAUCAUGUGCGUCAUCUGCAGAUCGACUUUCCUCAAGACCGCCCGCGCGCCGGCCCUCACGGAGCACGCCUCGAAUAAGCACAGCAAGACCCUGCAGGACUGCUUCCCGAACUUUGUCGAGGUCGCGAAGAAAUAGAGAGCCCGAGAUGGACGGACAAUCGAUCGAUCGAUCGAUUAGGGAGAAAUGAGUGAGGAGAGCCUGGAAGGAUUGAUAUGAUAUACAUGGCGAUGCAUACAGCGAGUUUUUCUCAAGGGAAGGGGUUUCAGUAACAAUGACGAUGAUGAUGAUUUCUUUUUGUUUCGUCUGUUUGUUUCCAAUUGGAGUUGAGAGAAAUACCAACAUUAUGAGCAAACAAGCACCGGUUUCUGGAUAAAGAAAUAGAUUGAUAUCGACGGGUAUAAACCGACAGAAUAAUAACGCGC